AUGGAUUCAACGGUCGCAGAGGCCGAAAGCAAGACCCAAGGACAAUCAGAGCCCUCCACGCCAACAUCACCGACAGAAAGACGCGGCUCAACCUUUAUGAGCUUCUUCGCGUCCAUCCUCGGCUCAAAAAACCCGCUGGCGCAACCAGCAAACCCACACCUAAACACCGUGUGGCUGCUCGACAACACGGCCUACCAGCCAGCAAAUGACCAGCAAACUCAAUCCUGGCACGUCGAGGUGGUCGCCUGCAUCUUCGAAAAAGAAAGCAGAAAAGACAUCACCAAGAUCGUCGCCACAAUCGCCGACUACAUCGGCCUAGAUGGCGAGCACGGCGCCCACCAAGAAGCCCGCAAGCGCAUCGAGCACCGUCUACAACCAUUCCUCGACGCCGUCUCGCCGUCCCGCACACUAACCCUCCAAAUCCCCAUCUCCCGCCCCCUCCAAUCCCACAGCCUAGGCCCAUCCGACCGCAAUGGUAUAGUCAGCCAAAGCGUCGAAAUGGGUCAUAUCCAUCUCCCCAUGGAAGACGGCGCCGUCAUCCGACCACGCUUACAGGAUUUUGACGAGCCGGUGUCGAUGAACACGACGUUCGCCGUGCCAGACGGCUGGCUCAUCAUCUCCGACAUUGACGACACCAUCAAGCGCACGCUGACUCUCGACCCAACGGGCGUUAUCCAGACCACCUUCGCAGAUAUCCCGCAGCCGAUCGCCGGCAUGCCCGAUCUCUACGAGUACCUCGAUAGUGAGCUCGUGCCGGUUUGGUUCUAUCUCUCCGCAUCUCCGUAUAACCUUUAUCCCUUCCUGCAUGCCUUCCUGCAUGAUCAUUACUGUCCCGGGACGCUGGUGCUGCGCGAUUACUCGUGGAUGGAUAUCUCGGGCUUGAUUCGGUCCUUCACUGAGAAAACGCAGGAGUAUAAGGUUGAUCGAAUGGAGAAGAUCCAUGGCUGGUUCCCGCGCAGGCGCGUCCUUUGUAUUGGUGACUCGACGCAGAUGGAUCCUGAGGCUUACGCGGAGAUGUAUGUUAGGUAUCCUGGGUGGAUUCAUGCUAUUGCUAUUCGGAAGGUGAUGGAUGUGGCGCAUAUGGAGGAGAAGAAUGUGCCGGAGAGGUUUGAGAAGGCUUUUGAGCAUGUGCCCAGGCAUGUUUGGACGGUUUUUGAGGACCCGAGGGAGUUGUAUGAUUUUGUUGAUGGGUUAGGGAUGGAGGAUCAGGAUUUGUAG